UUCACGAUUUACCUGCUCUUCUUUUGGCCACCUCGAAUUUUGCCACGUUAGCUGCCUUCACCGAAAGCUUCAACACGCUGUUCAUGUUGUCAAACCUAUGCAUAAUUAAGCUUAUCUUCUCCAAACUUCAGUUCUCUCCCUCCUUUGCGCCUCAUUGCCAUUCUCUCGGUCUACCUGCUGAUCAGCUCUUCCAUAUUCUUCUCUCAUGUGCAUGCCUCCUCUCGAUAGCCCAGCCAACUCCUCGGCUGCUACAGCCGUUGCCAGUACUUCCAACGGAUUACCUCCUCGACCACGAAACUACUGUCUGACGCCCUGUUGUCCUGGCUAUCAACGUCAACAAGGCUGGACAGCCGAACGAAUUGCUCACAUCUGUAGCAACGUCUUUAUAUUGGGCGGGACGCUGACAGCUUUGGUGUUUGCGAUUUACGCGGCCAGUGAAGUAACGAAUGAACAUCUCGUCUUGACCGUCUUUAUUGUGGGAGGCACCGUGUUUGGUGGAGCCUGCUUACUGGGGCUGGUGAAUGUAUCAUGGAUGGCUCGUCGACCAGGUGUCCGCAUUUCGGCCAUUCAAGUGAUCUGCAACGUGGUCUUGUUCUUGAUCACAUCCUAUCUGGAGCUCCUCUUUUGGCCGUAUCCGGGAAUCGCCUACUCCAUCUUGUUCCUCGCCGGACUCCCGAUGCUGAUUAUGAUCAAUCUACCGACUUGCUUCGUCAAGAAGACACCCGAGCAAAUGAUCUUUCAAGAUGGAGAUACUAUCUGUCUUGACCAAGAUGCUAUGGACGAUGCCACGCUUGUAGACGACGUUGAAGCUUUCAAGAAGGAACAGAUGGCCGACAACGAAGACAAUACUCAACGAACCACCGUCAUGGAUAAUGCAAGUCUAUGUGACGGAGAAGGAGAUAAAAUGCCAAAAGAAGAAGUGGUGUUACAUGCUUGAGAAUAGUAGGGCACAACAGUGUGGUCAACAAUUCAUUUCCUCCAUUCAUUCCUCCACCACUCGGAACCACCAUGGCCAUACUUUUUUCACUCUUGAAAGGCAGAAGAGACGUCAACCCAGCAAUGUUUGGAAUGAAUCUGCACAAAUUGAGUUGAGUCACAAGCACUUUUGAUGCCACAAGAGCGUAAGAACGACCGGGUACAUGCAUGGCGCUGUAGCUCGGCAAAGCAGCAGUCUGUGGCGCUGCUGCCGGUUGCCAUUGUACAGUAGUAUAGCCGCUUAUUAUUAGUACGAAUGAAUAUUCC